CCCUUGUAAAACCUUGCAAAAGAGUUCAACUUCCAGAGAACUGUCGGUCGCCAUGAGGAGGAUUAAUGGAGUUCGCGUACUCAGCCGGUUUGUAAGCGGUGAGGCCAACACCGCCACUGUCACCGCUGAUCGGCGGCUACUCCAUCCAUCGGCGGUUCACAGAACGUUCAUUGGAUCUGAUAUUCGGUGUUUCUCGCAAGCGAAGAAUCCAUUUGGCUUGUAUUGUCAUUCUUUUGCUCGGAAUGUUGCAGGGAAUGGUCGGUGCUUCUCUGUGGCCUCUUCAUCUUCGGUUCAUGAUGUGGUUAAUGACCUACCUCGUUUGUCGUUCGCACCCAAGGAUGUGGUUCUCUAUCAAUACGAGGCUUGCCCGUUCUGCAACAAAGUUAAAGCAUUCUUGGAUUAUUACAAUGUUCCUUAUAAAGUUGUGGAGGUGAAUCCCAUAUUCAAAAAGGAGAUUAAGUGGUCUGAAUACAAGAAGGUUCCAAUUCUGAUGGUUGAUGGUGUUCAAAUGGUGGAUUCUACAGAUAUAAUUGAUAAGUUGUACAAAAGAAUUCAUCCAGAGAAUUCUACCUCGGACUCAGAGGAGGAGAGGAAGUGGCUUGGAUGGGUGGACAAUCACCUGGUGCACGUUUUAUCCCCGAACAUUUACAGAAAUUACAAGGAGGCUCUCGAGUCUUUCAACUACAUAACUACACAUGGAAAUUUUAGUUUCACUCAAAGGAUAAUAGCUAAGUAUGGCGGGGCUACAGCCAUGUAUUUUGUUUCCAAGAAAUUGAAAGAAAAACAUAACAUCACUGAUGAACGAAAAGCUUUAUAUGGAGCUGCAGAAACAUGGGUGGAAGCACUGAAAGACCGUCAGUUUCUUGGUGGACCAAAUCCUAAUUUAGCUGAUCUUGCUGUCUUUGGCGUCUUGAGACCAAUCCGACACCUUCAAUCUGGAAUAGAUAUGGUAGAAAAUACAAGAGUUGGCGAAUGGUAUUCUAGAAUGGAGGAUGCUGUAGGAGAGUCUGCAAGGAUCGUCUCUUGAAGUUAGUACAAUUUAUAGUUUUUGUUUUUGAUUACUCAAUAUCCUGCCAGUUUAUUGAUAAAUAUCUGAACUUUUUUUAACAUCAGAUCCUAAAAGAUUGUCUGUGAGAAUAAUCUGCUAGAUCCAUGUAGCGAAUUGCAAAUUUCUCAUCCUUUUAGAUGAUUGCUUCUAUAUUUGUAUUUAAUGUGUUGAUUCCUUGUUCUACUUAA